GCUCAGAUCAUGGCUACAUUCCAACAUGUCCGACUCGGAACCAGAAGAGCAGCCGCAGAGCUCGAGUGUGAGCGCCGCCGACCUCCCGCGCUGCAUUGAGUGCUGUGGCCGUGGCGUUGGGCUGGUCACCAACCCGCAGAAGCUCUGCACACACUGUGCUCGCGUGACCAAGGCUUUCUUCGACCCAGACACCAACAAAUUCUGCAGAGACGAAGGAUUCAUCGACAUAUCGCCUAAGGCCGAUGGCGGCGUUCUCAAGAAGGUGGCUACAUAGUAUUUUUUUUUUCUAGUAUUUUAGGUAUGCAGAACUUAAUGGUACUAUGUUACCUUUGUAUGCUCGUUCUAGAUUAUUAAGGAGGGGGAACUGAGUGACAAACUGAGGCUGGAGGAAGGCUGUCCGACGUUCGUGCAGUAUGUGGGAAAGCUCAUGGAUGGAUCCAUCUUCGACACGACUCGUGAUGUCAUUGACGGGAAGCACGUGGGCGGUACAGAUGACCCGUUCGAGUUCCAGUUGGGUCGAGAGAAGGUGAUUAAGGGCUGGGAUAUCGGUGUGGCGACCAUGAACGUGGGCGAGAUUGCGCGAUUCAUCAUUGCUCCGGAGUACGGAUACGGCCACGAAGGUUUCGCGCCCAAAGUGGAGCCGGACGAGACUCUCGACUUUGAGAUCGAGCUACUGAGCUUCAAGGACCCGCUGCCUCGAUUCCCGACCCAAGCCGAGCUCGCAGAAUCUCGCAAGAAGCAGCACGAGGAGGACAAGAAAAUGCUCGAAGAAAACCCGCCCCCUACUGUUGAUGAGCGCAUCGAGAGCGCAUUGGAGCAGAAGGAGAAGGGUAAUGCAUUGAUCGCCAAGAAAGACUACGACCAAGCGCAAAAGUGCUACGACUCAGGAUUCGUGCAUAUUUUCUAUGCGAAGGAGGAGUGGGAAAACUUUGUGUCCCAGGAAGACAAGGACAAGAUCAACAAAGUGAAGCUAGUGUUGUAUCUCAACCGCGCGUUGUGUAAGAUCAAGCUCAUGAAGAUCGAGGAUGCACUCUGGGAUUGCGACCAAGCCAUCCUGCUCGACCCGAAGAACAGUAAGGGCCAUUUCCGUCGCGGUCUUGUGUUCACUGAGAAGCUCAAGGCUGAGCUGGAAAAGGAAAAGCAGGGCGAGUUCUGGAUUGUCGACAAGGGUUUCGAGUACGCACACGAGGCCGAAAAGAGUCUGGAGAAGGCUAAGGAGCUCAUUGGUGACUCCAGCGACGGGAAGAUGCAGCACGCACUGGCUGACCUCAAGCGGAGUCAUGCGUUGUUGAAUAAGUACGCAGCUAAGUACAAAGAGGAGGAGAAGAAACUGUACAAGGAGAAGAUCUUUGAUCGUCUGCAGGCCAAGAACAAGGAGCUCGAGAAGCAGGAGAAGCUCAAAGCAGAAGCCGAAGAGUUCGACGACAUGCCUGCACUCGAGUAAGCGACGUCAUCUGUUGAUAUCACGUCGAGAACGUUGAAUUUUUUUUACAUUUUAGUUGCAUUUCAAAGUGCUACGAGCUCCUAUGAUUCAGUCUCACUUCCUUACAGGCCGUGCUCGUCGUCAG